AUGGGGUAUAGUAGUGGCCACGGGUGGGGUAGCGAAAUAUGGUCCCAAAGGUCAGAUGGCGAUCUAUCGGGGUUUUAUCAAGAGGAAGCAGAGGAUUGCAGCCAUGGUUCUGAAGAGGAAUUUUCUACCAACCAAUACGAAAUAACGGAACGCGAUUUUGCCGAGUUUCGUCAAAAUGAAGAAGAUCGGAGGAAAGAUCUUAAGGAGGAGAAGUCCACCAAGGAUAACGGCUUAAGAUUGAAAAGGUCGGAAAGCUUCGAGAAAGACCAAAAUAAGUCUAAACGUCAAAAACUUGUUACUGCGCCUUCAAUUAGCGACUCAGUCGACAUGGGCUCCAAUUCAAAAAUGGACAUCGACGUAAGACCGCCGGUAGCCGGUGAAGAUUGUAACUCCACGACUGGCAAACGAGCUGUCGUGGCCAAUGCAGAUAUUCCCCAAACUUUUGAGGAAGUAAAUAACGCUAAACGUCAAAAACUUGUUGCUGUGCCUUCAACUAGCGACUCGGUCGGGAUAAGCUCCAAUCCAAAAAUCGACAUCGCCAUAGGAUCGCCGGUGGCCGCUGAAGAGUAUAGCUCCACUGCUGAGAACCGUGCGGCCCUAGUCAACCCCCACAUUGCCAAAAGCUCCGAGCAAGAGCGGGGUGACGCUAAACGUCAAACAUCUCUUCCUGCGAUUCCACUCAACGACCGAGACUGCACGGAAUCCAAUGCAAAAAUCGAUAUCGACUUAAAUUCGUCGGUGGCCGGUGAAGAUUUCCCAUCUACUACUGAGAACCGUGCGGCCCUGCUAAAUGCCGAUAUUCCAAAAAGCACCGACCAAGAACGGGGUGGCCCUAAGCGUCAAAAAUCUCUUAUUGCGAUUUCAAUCAACAACCCACAUUGGAUGGAAUACAAUGCGAAAAUUGACAUCGACAUGAGACCGCCGGCGGCCGGAGAGAAUUGUAACCCUAACGCUGAGAAUAGUGCAGCCUUAGUCAACGCCGAUAUGCCAAAAAGCCCCGAGCAAGAACAUCAGAACGUUGCACGCCAAAGACUUCUACCUGCACUUUCAAUUAACAACUCAUUCGGCAUGGGCUCCGCAAAAAUCGACAUCGAGAUAAGAUCACAGAAAAACACUUAG